GUAGGCGGUGCUGGGAAGUAGCAGAGCGACACGGCGGCUGCAGAGAUGGGCAGUGAUCCUGCGGGGGCGCGGAGAGUUCCUGAGGAGCGCCCAGGAGAGACGGCCGCGGGAACCUGGCCUCAACUCUGAGCUGCGGCGGGGGCGCGCGAGCGCGGCGCACCGAGCGAGCCGCUGGCCACUUCUAGGGGAGCCCUGAGGAGCGAGCGGCCCGUGUGGCCAGUAUCCGGAUCCCGGGGCUCCGUGACCCAGCCCUGAGCAUCUCGGGGGGGUCAAGGAGCGUCUUCGGAGGCCGCCCGGGGCCCAGCGCUGCCGCCACUGAGCCCCGGGGCGCCCCCUGGAUGGCCGAGCUGCCCCCUCGCGGGCCGCCCGGGCGCCGCAGCGGCUGAGGUCGCUGGGAUCGCCCGGUCGCCGCCCCCAUCGCCGGCCCCUGCAUGCCCGGCGCCCGGGUCGCAGCCCACCUGGACGCUCUGGGCCCCCUGGUCUCCUACGUGCAGCCACCGCUGCUGCCCUCUAUGUUCUACGUGGGCCUGUUCUUCGUCAAUGUGCUGAUCCUUUACUACGCCUUCCUCAUGGAAUACAUCGUUCUCAAUGUGGGCCUCGUCUUCCUGCCCGAGGACUUGGACCAGGCGCUGGUGGACCUUGGCGUACUCUCAGACCCUGGCUCUGGCCUUUACGAUGCCGACUCAGAGCUCGACGUCUUCGAUGGAUAUUUGGAAUAAGGUCUUGAUUACUGUUCCCUACUUGCCUUCCACCAUCCGCAACUCUUAGCCUGGACCAGCCGCCCAUAUCAUGCCGCUGCCACUGGUUGGGGGCACCAUCUGGACAGGGAUGAGACCCCAGGAAGAGGCCUCUGACAGGGAGGUGGCCUCCUGCUACACAGUCUGCCUCUAGCAACAGGGAUCCCAGAUGUCUGCAGAGCCGGGCAAGCCAUGCAUUUGGGGCCUGCUCGUGCCAACAGCCGGGUUCCUGCCCCAAGCCAAGUGUCUGUCUGCCAGGAGAAGUGAGGACUCAGCGCCAGCAUAGGGAGUUGCCGGGCCCUCUGAAGGCCUCGCCUGCCACCUGGCUCUGCACUGUCCUGGAUCUGGCUUGCGACUCACCACCUUUGUGAUGGAUGUUUACAGGAACCCAACCACACGUCACCCCUCUGCACUUCACCCGCAGCUGCACCUGCCUCCCCCACAACCUCUGGGAAGGACAUGGAGAGCUGAAGUGGCAAAUGGACUCAUCCUCAAGCGGCUUCCGUCAGCACUGUCUGAUGCCGGUUGACCUUAAGCUGGGAAGUCUUCAGACCCAAGACUGUUGAUCAUAGUUUCAGGGAGUCACUCUGAAGAGGGCUGUGCCGGGGCCCAGGCAGGGUUUAACCUCUCCAGGUUGACAGAACUGAGACACUGCACUGGGGAGGCCAUGCUGUCUCUGGCUAGAAAUCUAUUUUUGGAAGUGUGAGUGGUGUGCACAGUGUGAAUGGUGUAGAUCCGUGAUUUCCAUAAACCUGCAAAAGCAAUACUUAGAGGCUGACUUAUUUCAUUAAAAAAAUGUAAGCAACUCUAA